AUGCGUAGGGGACAGAAGACUAGAUGCAGUCAUAACACUAGGGCCAUGGAAGAGAACUGCAACAAUCGCAAGAUCCAAGGCUCAGAGGUGUCUGAGACCCAGUGGAUGGCUAUCUCUGUGAUGCCUAGCACCAGCAAAGAUGACUUGAGCAGCCCCCAAAAGAACUGGAGCACUCCAGCACCCCUAAAGCAGCCUCUAGCUUGCCUUGUGCAAAAGCCUUCGGUAGUGCAGAACAGUUUUCAGGGGACCAAGAAUCUCCUCAUGUUUGUAUUAGCCCUCAUCUUCAUCAUGGGGAAUAGUGCCAAGGAGGCUCUGGUCUGGAAAGUGCUGGGAAAGUUAGGAAUGCAGCCUGAGUGGCCGCACAGCACCUUUGGAGAACCAAAGAAGGUCAUUACAGAAGAAUUUGUGCACAGAAGUUACCUAAUUUAUAAUCCACUGCUCUGCAGCAAUCCUGUGGAAUAUAAAUUCUUCUGGGGUCCUUAAGCACAUGUAGAAUCCAGCAAAGUAAAAGUCCUGUAUUUUGUAGCAAAGGUUUGUAACCGAUGCUCCAAGGACUGGCCAAGAAAUUAUUAUUGGGAUUCAGAUGAUGAUGCAGAACUUGAGGCUAUCCUAAAUUCAGGUGCUAAGGGAUUACUCCCCCAGGGAAGUCUAAGUUUGGAAAAAAGAGAGUCCAGGAGUAGACGGCCAGGAUCCUGA